UCUAAUUUGAAUUUUCUAACUUGAAAAAAAUAAAUCUACUAAGUACUACUGUUUAUUCGGUAUUUUGUUUUUUUCUUUAUUAAACCGUAAUCGUGACUAGUUUAUACUUUACGACAAACACAAUUGUUCAACAUGUUUCCAAAGUACUCGCCACAUAACAUACCAAUCAAAACUUUGAGCAUUAUGUAUAAACAUUUUCGAAACUUAUACGGGUUCUUCAAAGAGCAAACCUUAUGUGAUGUUCUGUUGAUAUGUGAUGAUGGCGUUCAAAUUUCAGCACAUAAAGUAAUUUUAGCAUCCGCAAGCCCUAUGCUAUUAAAAAUGUUCGAUGGUGGCUUUAAAGAGACCAAAGAAAUUAGUAUGCCUAUUAAAGACAUCGAGUCUGGUAUUCUGAAGUCAAUUGUAACGUGUGCGUAUACAUUUCAGAUGGAUAUCAAUAAUAAUAAUAUUGAAAAACUAGUAAGAGCUUCUGACUACUUUCAAUUUAACUAUGCUAAGGAUUUGUGUUACGAUUAUGUUAAAAAUAACAUAAAUGUCAGUAAUUGUCUUAAUAUUAUGAGAUUUGCUGAACCUACAUCACUAAAAGGGCUGUACAAUUAUUGUUUCUUGUAUUGUUUAGAAAAUUUCAAUACAAUGCUGGAAUCGCAAAUAAUACAAUUAUAUGAAUUAAAUUUUGAAGAUAUUUUUAAAAUCAUAUCAAAUGAUCAUUUGAUGGUCGAAUCUGAAGAAAAGAUCAUUGAUUUCAUUUUUGAAUGGAUAAAAUAUGAUUUAGAGGAACGAAGGAAAUAUUUAUCAAAUUUACUGAAUUAUUUAAGGUUACCUUUAGUUUCAAAAAAAGCAUUACUACGUAUAUGUGAUGAGCCAUUGUGAAAGUAUAUUUACGUGGUAGGAGGUCAAGGUACUUUAGGUGAAUUAGUAUUGAACUCAGUAGAAUAUUAUGACAUAUAUUCAAAGGAAUGGGCCGAAAUAAAACAGCCAAUGCCAAACGCUCGGAAUUCAUGCAGUUCUAUAAUUCACAACUCUGGUUUAUAUGUUUUUGGCGGAAGUGAUGGUAAAAACUUUUCAAGUAUUGUUGACUGUUAUAAUCUACAAAAAGAACAUUGGACGCAGUGUAAUCCUAUGCCAACAGCUACUGCUACAACAGGCAUUACAAGUAGAGGAAACGAUUUAUAUUUAUUUGGCGGUAUUCCUUAUUCAACAUCCAAAGGUGCUUACAAAAUGAACUUAAAUAAUUCAAAAUGGGAUACGCUUCCUGAUAU